CUGGCUUGUGCUCUAGCAAUUCCGAGCUUAGCUCAUGGAAUUCCAGCGAUGGCAGCAGUUCCAGUGUUGGCACUCAACCUACAGCUGGAAUUAUGGAUCUCCUCUUUGAUAUGGUUCAUGGAUUCAUUACAUGUCAUAAUGAAUUGCAUUGUGUUUGUCUCGCUCAACGAUUACUAUUUAGCUCAAGUAAAGAAAGAUUUCAAAUGUUUUGUGUGCAUCAAGCAAAAAGUGGCUCCUCCAAGUCAUAUUUACACUUGA